AUGUCUGUAGUAAUAACGUGGACAAAUGAACUUAUUGAUACCUUAAUUGAUUUAUAUCACACCCAAAGUGUAUUAUGGAAUCCAAAAGACGUAAAUUAUAAAAAUAAAAAUAAGAAAAAGGAUGCCUGGAAAACCAUCAGUGAUGUGAUGGGGCUACACGAACUUGAAAUACAAAGGAAAAUAAAAAAUUUGACGGCACAGUUUUUCAGAAAGAAGAAGAAAUUAAAAGAAGAAAAUAAAUCGGGUUCAGCUACUUCUGAUACCACAAAGUGGUUUGCGUACCAACGACUUCUAUUUUUAUCAGACAAAAAUGAACCUAAGUUAUGCCUUGAAAAGGGAUUAAAUGAAAAACAUGAUUCUGGGUCGGAAGAAGUUGAGGCAGAAAUCUCCCAAAAUCAAAAUAUGUUACCAAAUGAGGGAAAUACAAGUAAUACAAUAGUCCCACCAUCAUCGGAUUCAGAACCACCGAAUUCACAACCAGGUCCGUCGACAGCGCCUUGUAUUGGGAAAAAAACUAAAUGUUCAAAAAGGAAGGUUUCAACUGGUGACCAAAGGCAAGAGGAAGCUUACAACGUAUUGAAAGAACUUCAAGCUAAGAAAAAUCGCCAUAAAUACAGUGCCUUUGGGGAGCAUGUUGCAAUGAAAAUGGAAGCUUUAAAAUCAAGUUAUGCUCAAAAUGUGGUGGAGCAUGAAAUAUCAAAUAUUUUGUUUCAAGCAAGUAUCGGAAAAUAUGACUAUCCUGCUACUGGACAUUCUGGACAAAUGACUCCAAUUUCAACACAUUCAUCAAGUUCCAGUUUUCCCAUACAUCCACCUCUUUCAUCACCAGAUGACACAUGA